AUGUGGGAGCUCUUGGCUGUCUUGCUGCUCACCCUAGCUUAUUACUUUUGGCCCAAGAUAAGGCGCCCUGGUGCCAAGUACCCCAAAAGCCUCCCAUUCCUGCCCCUGGUGGGCAGCCUGCCUUUCCUCCCUAGACACGGGCAUCCUCAUGUCAACUUCUUCAAGAUGCAGGAAAAAUAUGGCCCCAUCUAUUCCUUUCGCCUGGGUACCGAACCCGCAGUGGUUGUCGGCCACCACCAGCUGGCCAGGGAGGUGCUCAUCAAGAAAGGAAGAGAAUUCUCCGGGAGACCCCAUGUGACAACUCUGGCCAUCCUGUCAGACAACCAAAAGGGCAUUGCCUUCGCCGACAGUGGUCCCCACUGGCAGCUACAUAGGAAGCUGGUGCAGGCUGCCUUUGCCCUGUUCAGGGAUGGCCACCAGAGGCUAGAGAAGAUCAUACUUCAGGAAAUCAGCUUAUUAUGUGAUUUCCUGGCCACCCAGAAUGGACAGUCCAUAGAUUUGGAAUCCCCUGUCUUCCUGGCGGUGACCAACAUGAUCGCCAUGUUCUGCUUCAACUCCUCCUACAAGUAUGAUGAUCCUGACCUGAAGAUCAUACAAAGUUAUAACAAAAGCAUCCUGGAGAGUCUGGGCACGGGUGGUCUGGUGGACGUCUUCCCCUGGCUGAAGGUUUUCCCCAACAAAUCCUUGGAAAUGAUGAAGAAUGCUGUUAAAGUACGAAAUGAUCUGCUGAAAAAAAUCCUAAAAAAAUACAAGGAGAAAUUCAGCAGUGACUGUAUCACUAACCUGCUGGACAUACUGAUCCAAGCCAAGAUGAACUCAGACAAUAACAAUGAUGGCCCAGAACAGGAUUCAAAGCUACUUUCGGAAGAACACAUUCUUACCACUAUCGGGGACAUCUUCGGGGCUGGUGUGGAGACCACUACCUCUGUAAUGAAGUGGACUAUAGCCUUCCUGCUGCAUAAUCCUCAGUUGAAGAAGAAGAUCCAGGAGGAGAUUGACCAGAACAUAGGUUUUAGUCGCACACCAACUAUCAGUGACCGGAACCACCUUGUCCUGCUGGAGGCCACCAUCCGAGAGGUGCUUCGCAUCCGACCUGUAGCCCCCCUCCUCAUCCCCCAUAAGGCUACCACUGACUCCAGCAUUGGUGAGUUUACCAUUGACAAAGGCACACAAAUUAUCAUCAAUUUGUGGGCACUGCAUCACAAUGAGAAGGAGUGGCACCAGCCGGACCAGUUCAUGCCUGAGCGUUUCUUGGACCCAACGGGGAGCCAGCUUAUCUCGCCAACAUUGAGCUACUUGCCCUUUGGAGCGGGACCCCGCUCCUGCGUAGGUGAGAUCCUCGCCCGCCAGGAGCUCUUCCUCUUCCUGUCCUGGGUGCUGCAGAGGUUUGACCUGGAGGUGCCAGAUGAUGGGCAGCUGCCCUCCCUGGAGGGCAUCCCCAAGGUAGUUUUUCUGAUUGACUCCUUCAAAGUGAAGAUCAAGGUGCGCCAGGCCUGGAGGGAAGCCCACAGUGAGGGUAGUGCCUAGAGGCUGUGCCAAGUGCCCCAUGACUUCACCCAUUCCAGCCAGUAACUCUCUGCUGGCCU